AUGGAUUUAGCUCUUCGAGAAUUGACUUUACCCAACCCCAUCACUGUCCCCAGACGGUUAUGGAUUUAGCUUCCCGAGAAUUCGCCUUAUCUCUCUCUUUCUCAUGGUCCCUUUCGAAUCAUUUCCAAGUUAUCUGCCUAACUUCACUUUCAUUCGUCUUUCUCGUUCUUCCUAGGAGGAAAAAUGGAUAUAACUAUAGUAGCAAACCGUCAAUAAAUCCGAAUAUUGGUUGAAUAACUUAUAUAUCUUUUAACAAUCACUCAUAUUUUCCCAGAGAUUUACGGAUAACCGAAAGAAAAGAUUUUCUCAUGAACUCUUUGAAAAAUUCUUCCAUUCUUAAACUACCCACAUCUCAUAUUUUCCCGAGAAAAUAAAUUAGAAAAGCAAAUUUUGUCGGUCGGAGUCUUCACAAUCCCAAAAGGAAAUAAAGAGGAAAAAAGAGCUAAUCAUUUAGAGAAUGUCAAAUGGGGCAGAGUUACCGGUGGUGGUGGCGCGGGGCCGCUUGGCCGUGCUGACUGCGCACCUCACCGCGUCCGCCGAGCCCAUCGGUGCCGCGCCAGCUCUCGAGCCCCACUGCCUCUCCGCUCAGACCACGGUCCCACCACCCGGUAACCUCAGAGGAUCACUGACCAUCAUCGACGAGAGGACCGGUAAGAAGUACCAGGUUCCGGUCUCUGAGGAGGGCACGGUCAAAUCCACUGAUUUGAAGAAGAUCAGAACAGGAAAGAAUGAAAAGGGGCUCAAACUGUAUGACCCUGGUUAUCUAAACACAGCUCCUGUACGGUCGUCGAUUUGUUAUAUUGAUGGCGAAGAGGGUAUCCUUAGGUAUAGAGGCUACCCAAUCGAGGAGUUGGCUGAAAGUAGCACGUUUUUGGAUGUGGCCUACCUCUUAAUGUAUGGAAAUUUGCCUUCUGAAAGUCAACUUGCAGACUGGGAGUUUGCUAUUUCUCAGCAUUCAGCAGUACCGCAAGGAAUUUUGGACAUUAUACAGGAAAUGCCUCAUGAUGCUCACCCAAUGGGUGUACUUGUCAGUGCAAUGAGUGCUCUUUCUGUCUUUCACCCUGAUGCAAAUCCCGCUCUUAGAGGUCAAGAUCUUUACCGGUCAAAACAAGUGAGAGACAAACAAAUAGCACGUGUUCUUGGGAAGGCACCAACCAUUGCAGCAGCAGCUUAUUUGAGGAUGGCAGGAAGGCCUCCAGUUCUCCCUUCUAGCAACCUUUCUUAUGCAGAGAAUGUUUUGUACAUGCUAGACUCAUUAGGCAAUAGGUCGUAUAAGCCCAACACUCGACUUGCUCGAGUUCUAGAUAUUCUCUUCAUACUGCAUGCAGAGCAUGAAAUGAAUUGCUCCACGGCUGCAGCUCGACAUUUAGCAUCAAGUGGAGUUGAUGUAUACACUUCUGUUGCUGGGGCUGUUGGAGCACUGUAUGGUCCUCUUCAUGGUGGGGCUAAUGAGGCUGUGCUUAAGAUGCUAAGCGAGAUUGGAACCAUUGAAAACAUUCCAGAGUUCAUUGAGGGUGUGAAAAAUAGGAAGCGCAAGAUGUCAGGUUUUGGGCAUCGUGUAUACAAAAACUAUGAUCCAAGAGCAAAAGUGAUAAAGAAACUUGCAGAGGAAGUAUUCUCUAUUGUUGGACGGGAUCCUCUAAUUGAGGUUGCUGUUGCUCUGGAGAAGGCUGCACUAUCUGAUGAGUAUUUUGUUAAGAGGAAGCUAUAUCCAAAUGUUGAUUUCUACUCGGGGUUAAUAUAUAGGGCAAUGGGAUUUCCUACGGAGUUCUUCCCUGUUUUAUUUGCAAUCCCAAGAAUGGCUGGGUAUUUGGCACACUGGAGAGAGUCCCUGGAUGAUACUGAUACAAAGAUAAUGAGACCCCAACAGGUUUAUACUGGGGAAUGGCUGCGGCAUUAUAUGCCGCUCAAAGAACGGAUGAUGCUGACAGAAGCAGACAGCCUUGGUCAGGUUUCCAUUUCAAAUGCCUCAAGACGGCGGUUGGCUGGAUCUGGGAUUUAGACUUAUUCUGGAAUUCAUACCAAACGCGACGAAAACAGGAUUUCAAAAAUAAUUAGAUACGAGAAAUAAAUGUCAGUCUCUGCAGCUUUCGUCUGGAUGAUAUGCUUACGAGUGAGUAGAAGCGGAAUGGUCUGUGGGUCGUCAUGAUUAGCGUGUAUUGCAGCAACAAUAAGAAUAAGAAUGUUGUUUGCAAUCUCUGAAUGUAUUGCAAAACAUAUUUACAUGACUUAGCAGG